GCCUUGUCAGUAAUAAAUGCGACAACACGUCGUCACAGUUGCAGCAGAAGAAAUACGAGCAUCUGAAAGCAGCUACUGCCAGUGGUUAAAGAAAUUGACCUAAAGCCUUCUUUUAUACAAGUCAACACCGAAAGCUGCCAACAUGCCUAUGACAGAAGCGAUGACCAGGGACAACAUACACGAACAGCUCCCCAAGAGAGACAGAAUGCAGCUCUACAAUUUCGUGGGCAGGGACAUUAUCCUGUGGGAGAGGAACAUUGGAGACGAUGGGGACGAGAUUGGCAAGAGGGUUUGGCCCUCGGCAGUGGACCUUUGCCAAUUCCUGCAGAAUGGUGACUUUCCUAUGCAAGAUAAGAAAGUACUAGAGUUAGGAUCCGGCAUAGGACUGGUCGGUAUAGUAGCCAGUCUUCUCGGGGCGGACGUGACGCUCACCGAUCUGCCCAACAUUGUCGGCAAUAUGGAGGAAAACGUCCGUGCAAACACAAGGGAAGGUUGCAAGUAUCCACCAAAGGUGCGUCCCCUAGUGUGGGGGAGGAACUUGAACAGUAUCAAAGGACCGAAAGAAAGCUUCCACUACGAUUACGUCAUCGGUACUGACGUCAUCUACAUAGAGGAAACCUUCCAUGACCUCAGCGUGACAUUGAGGCACUUCUGUGACCCGCGAACCACGGUACUACUGGGCUGUCACUUCCGGGUCAGAAACCGUGACCUUAGGUUCAUCGAACUCUUCAAGAAAGACUUUGAUAUUGUGAGGGAACACAAGAUCCCGGGGCAGGGCGUCAACAAGGUUUUGUUUGAGGCUAGAAUGAAAGGUUGGGGUGACAUCGAUGUCCAAACUUAAAAUCACAGAGCCAUAAUUAAUGUACGUUUUCCAAAGUGAGAGCAACGCUGAAUUUCUUUUUCUUUUACAUAUGAAAAUCUCUAUGCAAUUUUCUAUGAUAUUUGGAUCGUUGAUAUGAUAAGUUCAUAAAAUAUCAUUCACAUUUGUCUCGCAAUUACUGACCGCGGCGUUGAUAGACUUAAGUGACUAUCCACAAAUGUAUAUAACUUUGGUCAGUCUGCCAGCUAUAUAUGGUCAUGUUUGUCAUAUAUGCGCAAAUUUCAAAAGGACAAUGUCAUGUUUAAGAAGCUUUAAGCAAUGCCAGUAGACCAGUGCAGUAUCCUUUCAUAAGGCGAUUUGGGAUAUGGGGGAUAUGCACUAGAUGUUCAGAUAUGGCGUUGGUACUUAGUGACAUGUUAUGCCCCCAUGCGGGUGCUGAAAGAACUAUAACUGCAGUUGACCUCCCA